AUGGGAGACCUGCAGACCCAGGUGGGGGAGAGCAGAGCCCUGCUGCACAGGAGGCCCAGCCUCUCCUCCCCCACCACGCUGGCCCUCCAUGGAAGCCUUGAUGCAGUGAGCUGGGCCCGAGGACAUCCCAGCCACCCCGACACACCACCCAACAUCUAUGAGGGGGGGCUGGGGGCCCAGCAGCAGCAGUGCCCCAGUGCCCAGGGAAGCAAACCCAAGAACUUCCGGCUGCGCCACCUCCGGGGCCUGGCUCUCUACCUGCCAGGCCACAUGCAGGCUGCUGGCCAGUGUGAGAGCCACUGGCUAGGCCGGCUCAUGGCCAGGGGCUGCCUCCCACGGCCUGAGAGCAUGGCCUGGCCCCUAGACCUGCCACGGGGGACUCUGGGCUCCGUUAACAGCCAUUGCUCAGCCCUAUUGGAAGCUCCAGUGCCCAGGGACAGCCUGGGAAAUACAGCUUCCAGUUCCAGCAUGGACCCAGCCAAGGGUGUCCCCUCCCAGCUGGGUCCCUCCGAAGGCUUGGGGCUCAGACCCAAGAGGUCCUGGGGGGCCUCAGAGGAGUCCACAUGUCCCUUAUGCAAGCGAACCCGCUCUGGGGCUCUGGAGAGACCAUAG